AUGGCCUUCCCUAUGGCUCGCCAGCCUCUCGGGUCGGCUUCGGCCUGCCUUGCUACACGGGGCCUUUGCAUCCUCCGGCUUCCGUGCCACAGCCCGGGGCAAAAGCACCGCAGGCAUCGUAGACUUGAGCGAAGGUCCCAGACAUUGCUCCUUGCAUCGGCCUCCGUAGCUGUGGCCGGUAGGUCCACGAAGAAGGAGGCCGCAUCAGAGGUGUGGACCCAGAUCUUGCAGAAGUCCAUCCAGUCCCUGAGGCAGAUCACUUCGGACUGGGAAGCACUGGAGGCAGAUGCCGAUGCCAAGACCCUCGAGGCUCUCGAAAGGAGGGAGAAGGGCCUCCGCGAGUUGCUCAAGCGUUGUCCCUGGGGCGACCCGGCGGCCACAGCUUCGGCACCCCGGCACCAGAGCCGCGAUUCUCUGGUGGCUGCCCACGGCCUGGCCACACGUGCAGUCCUUCAAUGUCAGGAGCAGAAGCUUCAGUGGCAGCUUCACCAAAACCAGAAGCUCGCCGACCAAACCGAUGAAAGGUCCGAAAGCGCCGCUGACACAAAAGGGCGCGCGCUCGCCAUUCUCUCGGCCCUAGCACUGCAUCGGUUCCGCCUCUUCGACAUUGAAGGUGCGCAUGCGGCGCUCACCAGCGCCGCGGACUUGCAGGUCUCCUGUGAGGCCAGCCGCCUGGACUUCGGGCUAUUAGAGUAUUCCACAAAGCUGUUGGCAGCGAGGUCGCCGGCCUUCCUUUCCAAAGAGCAGCCGGAUGCGGAGCUGGCGCUCGUGCGCAAGAGGCUUCUGGAAGCAUCCUACACCGAGUCCGUUGUGCUGGAGGGGUCAGGGGCUGCUUGCUUGACAGAAUUCGUUCUGGCUAGAUCUGGCAGCGCGGUACUCGAGGAGCGACUGCAUGCUUGGCAAUGCGAGAACAGCACUACAGCCUGUGCAACGGCAGCAGAUCUCGCCCGCCUGUUCCUACUUCACAGAGUCUUGCCUAUCAGCCGCGUAGCAGCCAUCCUGGGACAGGAUGUGUAUCAGAUCCUCAUCCGUCAGCAGGUCCUGCACGAAAUCGACUUGGCAACAUCCAGGCUUCUGCAGCCCAACUCCAACAUCCAGGAGGCCUGCGUGUUUGCAACAGUGGCGCUCUGGCCUGUCGAGGGCGACCUCCUGGUGGCCACCGACUACGAGUCAACGUGCUUCUCGGACGGGACCGAGCCGGUCAUGUAUCUCUCAGAGGACUCCUUGGCACUUGCGGCUGCCGCGCCGCGUAAGCCAUGCCAGCGGCUGCUGGACCUUUGCUGCGGCUCAGGGGUCCAAGGCAUCGUUGCCCUGCAGCACUAUGCUGCCAGGGCCGUCUUCGUGGAUGCGAAUCCCCGUGGACUGGCUUUCGCGCGGUUCAACCUGGCCUUGAAUGGCUUGCUUGGGAGGUGCGACGGCCUCGUGCAGAGGGACUUGCGCUUCGAGGGCUUGGACGGUCAUGGCCUGUUUGAUGCAAUUUUGGUGAAUCCGCCCUUCAUGCCGAACCCCAAGAAUAUCGCAACCGGCGCUAGCCUGCUUUUCGGAAAUGGUGGGGACUGCGGAGAAGAAGUUCUUUCCGCUGCUGUCCACGCGGCAAGCCGCCAUCUAACUGAAGGGUACCUAGUCGCUGUGUCCAAAGUUCCUAACAUCCAGCACUUUCCGGCGCGCCUGCAAUCGUGGUGGAGCGAAACUUGUCCCAGCUCUUGGGCAUGGGUUUUCCACGGAGCCGCCACGCCUGCACGAGAGUACAUGCCCACCUCCAUCAGCAGCGGCGUCGAGCCAGCUCGGUAUCAAGAAGCACUAUCAGAACAGGGCAUUGAGGACUUGUCUCAAGCUGUACUUGUUGUUUCUGUUGGCAGUGGAGAUGCAUCCGUGCUGGACGUCCGGUUGACGGAGACGGCGUCUCCAAAGCUUUGGCUGCAAACGCCCUUCCUGCGAUCGCUUCCGGCGAUUGUGGAAGCCGCGCAGAUCCAGAAAAGUGCCAGCUCGGC